GAGCUGUAGUUCCGGCCGGCGGCCAUUUCGGCGGCAGCGUGCGGGCCGCUGCCCGCGGUGACUUUGCGGCAUGGAGAGCGGCUUCGGCUCCGACUUCGGCUCCGACUUCGGCUCCGGGGGCGGCGGGGGAGGGAAGCUGGACCCGGGGCUCAUCAUGGAGCAGGUGAAGGUGCAGAUCGCCGUGGCCAACGCGCAGGAGCUCUUACAGCGCAUGACGGACAAAUGCUUUCGGAAGUGCAUCGGGAAGCCGGGCGGCUCGCUGGACAACUCGGAGCAGAAGUGCAUCGCCAUGUGUAUGGACCGCUACAUGGACUCCUGGAACACGGUUUCCCGAGCCUACAACUCGCGGCUGCAGCGGGAGAGAGCCAACAUGUGAAGCGUCCCCGGCUCCUGGCCGAGGGAGGGACCAUGCGGGGAAGGGACAUGCGGCCAGUCCAGGUGGUUGGGGGCGAGGUCCCGCAGCCUCCCCAGCCCCUGCCGUGGCAGAGCAAUAAACCCUCGCUGAACCGUUUGCAUCCUUUGGCUUUUAUUAGCACCAAAACCCAGGAGCGAGUGAAUUUUCCAGCCUCGAGAGCCACCGUGAGCUGCUUGUUUUGCCUCGUGCCCUUCCCAACGGUCCCGACUGGCCAAGGCAUAUAGCGGCCGAUAAAUCCCGGCUGUGCAAGGCAAGGAGCCUUCUGUGGAAAAGGGGGGGGCAAGCCAGCAACAGAGUCCCCUUGCCCAGGAAGCAAGCCUGGACCCAGCCAUCAGGUAGUUACCUAGUCCCUUUUCAUCAGUCGAAAAGCUGCAAUGAGAUGCUCCCCACGCCACAGCUGGCUCUUUCCUCCCUUGUGUUUAUAGAGCUGUUUGUGGGGCUGAAAUGAAGCUUUAGCUCAAGCAGUGCAUUGGGAGCCAAGGGCGUACUUACUGAGCUCACAGCACAGCCUUGCAAAUAGUUGUACAGGCACGCCUUCGGAGCGAUAGACCGUGUAUGAAAUGGGUUAGGAACUACACAGGUUGAUUUCUUCAAAGGAAAAAAAUAAAUGUGUGGCUGUGAUUUUCUGUAACUUCUGCUUUGGUGCUGACACGAGCAUUCCAUCUUGGAGCCUACCUUUCAGGUUUUGUCCCUUUGGGAAGGAGCACAUCCUUAACAGGGUACUUCUUUGCAGGUACGCUCAGUAUUGUGCUUAGCUGGUACACCACUCCUGGAAUGGUCGAUAAGUGUUGUGUGGUCUGCAGUAUGCCCAGCAGCUGGAAGAGUAGUGUGUUGGGUAUUAAAAAUGCCUGUACCCCUG